CGUAUUUACCUGUCAUUUUAGUUUUUGUGAAAACGUUGAGCGCAAUAGACUUGUAAUGUGCUAUAGGUACACGUCAGUUGUAUUGCAAGCCUCACAGUGGUGACAUUUUCUAAGUGCAAAAGUGUUUUUCGAGAGUCCACGCUAGAUGGCGCUCUUAGCUCAGAUGGUUCGCCAGAAACCCACCAGCCCAGGCUCGCGGACGCCGAGCACAGGAGAACGUGCUCGUUUGUCACAUUGCUGUCCUCAUGGCUGUCCAUCAGUACUGGCUUUGCAAUUAGCAUCCAACGGUCUGUAAAUCGCUGUUUUUUUUCGCUAAGGAAACGGGGAAACUUUUUUUUUGGUCCAGAUCUGUCAUUUCUUGGAGUAAACAAGAUAUGGAAAAACAGCGUAAAUCACUGAAGCGACAUGAAUCUGUGGAGUCCGGAAAGGGACUGGGGGAAUCCGCCGACACAGAAGGAGAGGAUGUCAUCUCCAUGGCAGACUCGUCCAUCACCAUAGAGGACCUGGAAGGGGAGCUUUCGAGAAUCAACCGGAUACGGGACCUACUGGUCCGGAGGGAGUCGGAGCUGAGAUAUAUGAUGGACGACAUCCAACUCUGCAAAGAAAUAACACGACUGAAAAGGGAGCUUCACAAAUUGGUGUCUGCCCCAGAUGCAGACAAGUCCAGCGAGGACAGGGAGAAGGAGACGGAGCUUCUGCGGCAAAUCCAGAGACUGGUGGAGACCAGGGACUUCCUGGUGGAUGACGUGGAGCUGGAGAGGCUGAGCAUUUACAAGUCUCCCGCAGGGAAAGAGAAGAGGACAAGGAAAUGGCAGAUUUCCUGCAAUCCAGAUUCCCAAGGAGUCUGGUGGGCAAAGGCAUCCCGUCCUCCAAGGAACGUCAGUCCUCAUCUCCGUUGGUUCCCAAGACUGGACUCACCCUGCUCAAGGAGUGCUGUGGGUUCAACUGCACGGUGAUGUAGGGCGCAGACGCGCUGCUGGAGACCGCAGUGGGUGGGGAGUGUUCAACCUCCUCUGCUGAUAGUCUAACCAGUGCCAUCGUUUUUAUAUCUGGCGUCUUCUGAUUGUCAGAGGACUUGUGAAGACUGAAACGCUACAGUAGAGCAUUUGGAGGAGGAUGCAUAAGCGCUGUACUGAUGAUUCAUGGAACUUGAUGGAAUCGUCGACGUAUUGAGAGGUUCCCUAAGAUGGAUGCAUUGUUCUUGCAAGAAAACAAACCUUUACCGCUUUGUGCACGUUACACAUGACGGCUCCUUAGCCUUCUUUCCACCUCUUCCUCAUCUCUCCAAUGAAGCUUCAGAAACUCAUCACACUGCAGGUGACCUUUAGCUAUAAACUAACACGAACUUCUCGAUAACAAACUGCGAACCUGCAUAUUUAUAGAGAAGACGAUUUAAAUCGAGCACCUUUACUGGGCACAUGCAGGCAUCGAGAGUCUGGCUGUGAGCACGGUGGGGGCCGAUUUAAACCGGCAGUUGCUUGUGACUUUGAGACGCCCUCCAUGGGUCCACUAGCCCUGUAUCCCACUGAACCUUUGCAGGGCCGGGCUGCUUUAUGCAGAACCUUCAGGAUCCGAACACCAUGCAGAGCGUGGAGAUCUGGAAAACCACAGAAGACCCUGAUAACAGCAUGGUGGCCAUACAGUAUCUCCCGACGACAGCCCAGCUCUCCUACUGGUCCGUGGCGGGAUCCACCAGUCUGCGUCAUUACAAGCGUCAGAAGCCCUUUUCCUGCUGGUCCAGUUCUUAGUUUCUCUGUUUUGAAUGACUAUUUUUGAUUGAAUGAUUUUGAAUGAAGAGGCAGAAGGAACAGGCAUUAAAUUUGGACAUUUUUCUGUGCAUCUGUAUUUAACACUCCACAGUUUUCUAGCUUCUUUUGCUAAAAUCUGAUUUGUCUGAAGUUCUGUCAUAGUUCAGUCAGCCAGCCAGUAGCUUCUUACCCGUAUUUAAAUGAAUUAAUAAGCAUCACUUCAGUACUGACUACACAACGGGGUUGGAUUAAUCUGCUAGUCUCUCUCCUCUUGUGAAUAUGUUCUGUGUUAUUUCAGAGGGCAGACAGCAGCAUGUGAUAUUUCGAAUCGGUUGCAUCUUGAAUAGCAUUGCAAUUUGAAUAGCAUCUCCAUGGUUACCAACCAUUACGGUUAUUUCUGAGUGUACCAUAAUGUUGGAGUUCUGUAAAGCGAUCAAAAGCGUCAUAAUUUACCGAGCUACACUGUGGCGUUUCUGAAUAUCGUGACCUUUCGCAUACAUACGGAUGCCACCCUGCGUCGAAUGAAUAAAUAAUUCUUUCUAA